AACUUUGUCAUAGGUAUGUGAGUAUAAAUAUAUUAACCUUAUUAUCAGAUCCAACCAAGUGUGGGUAAUCAGGACUUGGAAUUUGAACAUAAAUAUGGGCGAAUCAAAGAAGCAGUUCGAGGAUUUUAGAGUGAACGGAUGUGUAUGUGCACCAUUUACAUUAUUUAAGGAUGACGGUGAAAUCAACUUUGAUGGCUUUGAAGAGUAUGCAAAAUACCUUGUUAGUCAGAAGUUCACAUAUCUUUUCGUGAAUGGAACAUUGGCAGAAGGGUUGUCUUUGACUUUAGAGGAGAGAAAACAAACAGCUGAGGCAUGGGUCAAAGUCUCGAAAGGAAGGUUUGGCAUUAUCCUUCACAUUGGAACUAACAAUUAUAAAGAUUCCCAAGAACUGGCAAGGCAUGCAGAAAAUAUUGGGGUUGAAGCUAUAGCAUGUUUUGCACCAUCUUUCUACAAACCAGACUCAUUGGAAACAUUAGUGGAGUAUAUUUCCAAAGUAGCUUCAGCAGCACCAAAUACACCAUUCUUCUAUUACUGUAUCAAUUUCUUCACUGGGGUUUAUCUGAAUGACGCAAAAUUCUUGGAGCUCGCUGAAAGUAAAAUUCCGAACCUGGUUGGUUUAAAGCAUUCAUCAAGAGAACUUCCCAAUGCUCAUCGAUGUUUGAUGGUUAAUCCAAAGAAGUUCCAGGUCAUGAUAGGGUCAGAUGUGCAACUGCUAACUAGUCUGUCACUAGGAAUAGAAGUGCCAGUUAUAGCAUCAUUUCUUGGACAGUUAUUUGACAAUAUCAAGACGGCUUUUGAUAAAAGUGAUAUGAAAACAGCAAGCAAGUAUCAGUGUCAAGCACAAGAAAUCAACACAAUUCGAUCAGAAUUUGGUGCCGGCAUAAAUGUAGCGAAAGCAAUGUUUAACAUAGUAUCUGGGCUUAAUGCUGGACCUGUACGACUGCCACUCACCGACUUAAGUCAGGAACAAAAGCAACAAUUGAAGGAGAAAAUUGAUUCCACUGGUAUCUUUAAAAAAUAAUCUAGGAAUCAAUGAUUUAAGUCUUUUAGUUUCCAUGAACUAUCUUUAGAAACAACUCAUAUGAUAUGCAGCCUUAAGAUGAACCUGUUCAAAAAAAUUACCCUUAUCUUGGAAUGAUGGUUUCAUUAAUGGGGAUCUUAUUGUAUUGUCAUUACAAUGUUUUUGUGAAUAUUUUGAAUAAUAUGGAUGCAUGAACGAAUAAUCUCGUACGUUGAACCUUUAACAAUCAAAUUAACAUAUGUAAUAAAAGAAAGUGUAUAUU